GUGGGUGUCAGACACUGACAGCUUCUCUACUUAAUCAUGUAUUCAGCCUGCCCUCAUUUAUUCUCUCUACUUUUUUCUGUUUUCUCUCAGAGAUCUUCCAUUUCCAGUUCCAUUUCUUACCAUCCCUACACCGCCAUGUUCUUCGCUUCUUCCCACAACCAGAAACUCCCAUUUUUUACCCUUCCUUUUUCAUGGCGUCUUUGCAGAGAAAUGGUGUUCUUGUUUGUGCUUUUUUGAGUUAAAUACCAAAUGGGUUUCGAUGUUUAAGUCAUUUUCUCAUCUGGGUCGGUGAGUUUUCCUGUUUUUUCAUCGAUUUAUUGCUUGAUUUCUAGUUCUAUGAGCGAAUCUCGUUCUGGGUUUUCUGGUUGUUCCUCUAAUUUGAAAUGAAAUGAAAUGUGUGUUCAUAUUUGAGGUAGCAAUUGGUUAAACCUACCAAAUCUAAAUCCUGUACGGUGCUUCUUUGCCGGAGUUUUGUUUGAUUUAUGUUAUAUUUGGUAAAGAUAUUAAUCUGGUUUGAAGGUUAUCCCCCAUUUUCCUUUUCUGUAAUUUCUUCUCCUUUUGAUUUGGAUCGCUUCAUUUCGCCAUUGGCGAUGGAAGAUUAAGCUCUUCCUUCUCGAUAUUUCUUGUUUUCUUGAAGAAGGGGUUACGACUUCUUGGGGGUUUCUUCAAAAUCUGUUUGGUUUUUGAGUGAUGCCUUCUGAAGGUAUCCAACAAUGGCGAAUCUCGUUCCUGGAGUGCUUCUUAAACUGUUGCAGCAUAUGAACACUGAUGUGAAGGUUGCCGGAGAGCACAGGUCGGCGUUGUUGCAAGUUGUGAGUAUAGUUCCGGCAUUGGCCGGCGGCGAUCUUUCACCGAAUCAAGGUUUUUAUCUCAAAGUCUCUGAUUCUUCUCAUGCUACUUAUGUUUCAUUGCCUGAUGAACAUGGUGAUCUGAUUCUUAGUGAUAAGAUUCAAUUGGGUCAGUUUAUUCAUGUUGAACGCCUUGAGUCUGCGUCCCCUGUCCCCGUUCUUCAAGGCGUUCGACCGGUGCCCGGUCGACAUCCUUGUGUAGGUAGCCCUGAAGAUAUUGUUGCUACUCAUUCUCCUGGAUUUCUUAACAAUAAUCCUAACUUGAAAGAGAAAUCGAAACCGACCCUGAAAGUUUUAGGCAUUGUCGGGGAGAAGGAGAAAUCUCUGCCUGUUAGACUCAAUGGCAAUGUCAAGGAGGAUAAGAUUGAGAAGAAAUCCUCAUCGUUGAGUAGAUCCAAGUCUCAGUUGUCGAAAUUGGCGGUGAAUAUCGAUGCGAAAAAGGAGCCUCUAACGAGACUUAAGUCGAUGAAUUCACGGUCGAUACCUUCCUCUCCGACGAGCUGUUAUUCAUUGCCUUCUUCGUUUGAGAAGUUUGCUAACAGCAUUAAGCAUCAGGGGAAGGUUAAAGCGUUGGCUAAUGGAACGGCCAAGGUAGGGGCGGUUGAGAAGUCGAAUUCUGUUCGUUCGGCCAGUCCCGUUGCUAAGAAGAUGGGAGUGGGACAUCAAUUCAAGCAUUUAGUUCAGGGCAUUGAGGUUGGGGCUAAGGCUCUGAGGAAGAGUUGGGAAGGGAAUAUGGAGACAAAAAGACGAGACAAUUCGAUAUUAAGAGCUACCAAACUCGAUCCCAAGUCCGAAGCUCGGGUUACUACUCCUAGAAGAAGUACAUCGAGCGAGAAGUUGCCAUCGAGAGAGGAGAAUAGGAUUCAGGUACCUGCAAAGUCAUCUAAAGACGAUCAUAGCGUGCACAUGUCUUCACGGAAGAAUGCCGCUAACGGAGCCUUAGAUGAUCAAGAUAGGUCCAAUAGGCAAAAAUCUUCCGGUGGAAAGAAAUCCUCGAGCGAUGCAGGCGGAUUCCCCGGGAAUUUGGUGAAGAUUCCUCUUAGUCAUAAAAGAUUGACUGAAGGGAGUGCCUCAUGGGCUUCACUUCCAUCAUCUCUUGCCAAGCUUGGAAAGGAAGUAAUGAGGCACAGAGAUGCUGCACAAGCAGCAGCAAUAGAGGCUAUGCAAGAAGCUUCAGCUGCCGAAAGCGUGCUACGGUGUUUAAGUAUAUUUUCCGAGUUAAAUGCUGCUGCGAAGGAGGAUAAUCCACAGCCUGCAGUAGAACAGUUUUUGACCCUUCAUGCUAGCCUGACCAAUGCUCAUAUGGUGGCUGAAUCUCUUUCGAAAACGGGUCCCUCUGGUUCGAUCAAUGAGAGCGAAGAAACCGCUUCAGAAGAAACGAUGAAGGUCUCGUUAAAGGCUAGAAAACAGGCAUCUGCUUGGGUCCUGGCUGCUUUAGCCACCAACAUGUCGUCUUUCGCAGUUUAUAGCCGUGAUCCACCCUCGGCUCUAAAUCCGACCUCGUCUCUAUCCCAAUACCAAAAGAAUGCAUCUGCAAAUCAGCCUAUAGUAGUGUUAGAAAACUCGUCUAAGAACAGCUCGUCGAAAUCCCAAGGGAAGGUUCGCCAGAUGAUAAACUCUAAACCGAUUGGAUCAGGAAAUCCCGGUCGAACCAAGGAGGGAACGACACUCGGUCAAAAGUUGCAGACUCAACCUCCCCCAGAAUGGAUCAGAGGAAAUGGUCUCGACGAAGCGGUUGACUUGGCCGAGAUGUUACGGCUGCAAUCCCAGGACUGGUUCUUGACAUUCAUGGAAAGGUUCUUGGAUGCAGGCGUCGACACAGCAGCAUUGUCGGAUAACGGACAAAUAGCAGGAAUCUUGACUCAGCUCAAGAGCGUAAACGACUGGUUAGAUGGCAUAGCUUCUACCAAAGACGAAGAAGACCCCACCGACAUUUCGACCGAGACAAUCGACAGGCUGAGGAAGAAGAUCUACGAAUAUCUUCUCAUGCACGUCGAGUCUGCAGCCGCUGCACUUGGCGGGGGAGCGCAGCAACUGCCACAGCAGAUACAGGCAACCGGGAUGAAAGCCAAAAGGUAACCGUCGAAGCUCGAUGUUGGUUUCAUCUUAACAUGGAUUAUUCACCGUGCCCCGUGUUCAGUCUCGAGCGUAAAAUCGUGUACAUAGCUUCUGCAUCGGAUCACGCCAUAGAUGAAAAAGUUAUUACGGUUCUUCUGUUGAAUUCAUGAGAUUUGAUUACUGAAAUUAUACAGACCUGGGUUUGUUCAGUUCAGCUUUACACAUAUAAUCAACUGUACAUUCUGUUGUUAGUGAAGAGUGCAUAUUGAUAUAUUUCUGAACAAUCUCAUAAUUUAUUCUAUUGGUUUUAGUUCAUGAGCA